ACAACAUUAUUUUUUUCACCGGCGGGAGCUGUGGAGCAACCAUCACGAAAAAAAGCGAGUGCAAAUGAACAGUGCAAACUCAAGAAGUGGGGAGAGUGAAUGGUCAACGAGUGUUAACUCUGCAAGGUGGUUGAUUGGAUUGUAGAUUUACCUUGGAAAUGGACAGUGACGGUGCCAAUGAUGUGCAGGCAGAGCUGGACUCUGUGGAGGCAGAGCUGGAGGUGGUGGAGCUGCAGAUAGCUGAGCUGCUGGAGAAGCAGGCUAGCCUGACCUCCAGGAGGAAACGGCUGCUCCGCAAGCUGGAGGAGGCAUGUGACUCCGCCCAGCCCUCUGGAUCCUCAUCAGGCUCUGGAUCUGGCCCUGCAAUGACCAAGCAGGAGUUGCUGCGCUAUGAGAAUGAUGAUUUCUCAUGGUCUACAGAGCUGCAGCAGAAUCUGAAGGAUGCGUUCCAGCUCUCUAAGUUUCGUCCUCUCCAGCUGAAGGCCAUCAACCUUAGUAUGUCUGGUAAAGACCUCUUCCUAGUGAUGCCUACUGGACGAGGGAAAAGCCUCUGCUAUCAGCUACCUGCAGUCUGCUCUGAGGGUUUCACUCUGGUCGUAACUCCUCUAGUUUCUCUGAUGGAGGAUCAGCUCAUGUACUUAAAGUCCAUUGACGUUGAAGCCGUCUCUCUCAACGCAUCCAGCAGUAAGGAACAUGCUAAAAUGGUCCUAGCGGGGAUGACAGACACCAAAUCGCUUUUCAAGCUGCUGUAUGUGACUCCAGAGAAGAUAGCGAAGAGCAAGCUGCUGAUGUCGAGGCUGGAGAAGGCCUACAACGCAGGAAGGCUUAGCCGUAUUGCUGUGGACGAGGUGCACUGCUGCAGCCAGUGGGGACACGACUUCAGACCUGACUACAAGCUCCUGGGGAUCCUGAAGAGGCAAUUCCCAAAGGUUCCAUUGCUAGGGCUGACGGCCACAGCAACCAGCAGUGUUCUAAAGGACUGUCAGAAGAUCCUGUGUGUCCCUGAGCCAGUCACACUCACUGCCUCCUUCAACCGCACCAACCUCUACUACGAGGUACUUCUUAAAGACUCGAACAGUGUUGAUUCAAUCAGUGACAUUUCAGCACUGAUCAAGGAGAGAUAUAAGGAUCAGUCAGGGAUAGUGUACGUGUUUUCCCAGAAGGAUGCAGAAACGGUGUCAGCAGACCUACAGAAGAAAGGCAUCAAUGCAUAUCCAUACCACGCUAACAUGAAUCCAGAGGACAAGUCACGGGUUCACCGCAAAUGGGCCAACAACAAGAUCCAGGUGGUGGUAGCUACUGUGGCGUUUGGGAUGGGGAUCGACAAGCCUGACGUCAGAUUUGUCAUCCAUCACACCAUCAGCAAGUCCAUAGAGAACUACUAUCAGGAGAGCGGACGAGCAGGCAGAGACGAUAAGCCGGCUGACUGCAUUGUGUACUUUGGCUUCAACGACAUCUUCAGGAUCAGCACCAUGGUUGUCAUGGAGAAUGUAGGACAACAGAAGCUGCUGACCAUGGUCGACUACUGUCAGAACGUAGACAGGUGUCGGCGCUCAGUGAUCGCUGUUCACUUUGAUGAGGUUUGGGACAAUGAAGGAUGCAACAAGAUGUGUGAUGUCUGUCGCCGUGGCAAUGACUACAUCACGGUGGACAUCACGCAGCAUGCUAAAGAUGUGGUCCAGAUUGUGGAGCUGGCGGGCUCUCUGGACGAGAAGCUGACCCCCCUGAAGGUGACUGAGGCGUGGAUGGGGAAGGGUCCGGCCAAACGCAGGAAGAUGAUCCAGACCACCACCUUGUCUCGCCUGGAGGUGGAGGCCAUCAUCACAAGCCUAUUGCUGCAGGGAUAUCUCAGUGAAGACUUCAGUUUCACUCCAUACACUACCUACUUCUACCUGAAGCUGGGUCGUAAGGCCCCAAUGCUGAAGAACCAGAGUCACUCCAUCACCAUGAAGAGGAGAAGGACAGGCCUGGAAGCAAACACGGAGGACCAAUUAGCUGGUGGAGCUAAAGAGGUGGUGGUGACCUCCCAGUCCCCUCCUCCCGUUGCCCCCAACGACAGCAGCACUCCCCCUCCCAGACACAACAAACUGAUCAAGAUGCAUAAAGAGCAGCAGAAUCUGGCCAGGAAACGAGACGAGAACCAUGACCAGACAGAAAGCCAGACACGGGAGGACCAGAAUGACCCUGCUGCUGCCCAGCCCACUGCCAUUGAAGUAGACGUAGAGAUCAAUAUUGUAGAGAAAGUUAAUGACAGCGAAUCCCCAUUACCUCCAUUAAAACGCAAUUCUAAACCUAAAUCAACAACCCCUCAAAAGAAGCGGAGGAAACCCUGUACUGCUGCUCUUGCUGCAGUCCUAGCUCCCUCAGAAGCUGUGGUUACAGACUCUGAACACCAGAGGCCAGCAUUGGUCAACUCUCCCUCCCAGGUCUCCAUCAUCUCCGAGGCUGCAGUGGAGGAGCUCUGUGACCUGAGGAACUACUACAGCAAACAGCUGAGGCAGAUAAACAACAUUUCCCAUGAGUACUUGCAGAAUCAGGGGUGCUCAGACCCAGGGGUGCUGGCCUGUAUCAGAGAGCCACUAAAGAGCCUGCACCUCCCCCGUGGCUCAACCAUUGCCCAGACGGCACGCAACCUGUGGAACAGAGUCAGCUCCAGAAGGAAACUCAUGUAAAGAUGACCAUUGACCUUCCCUGGGACAGUUGACGUUCAAAUAUGGACACUCCUGUAUCUCUCUUUUCCAGGUUUCACGUUGCCAGACCUAGAGCCCUGGGGCAGACAAGUCUACUUUUUUUUUGUAACACCUGUUCUAUUUUUUUCUGGACUGAGAGAAUAUCCCCAUCCAAGUUAAUUUGAGAUUGUAAUAUUUUACUGUUGGAUCAAUACCACUUGUUCGCCUAAGAUAAAGAAUGAAGAGAUGGUUUUGUUUUGGAUAAACUUACCACACAUGAACUGAAAGGUUUGUUUGAACUGAAGAAUGUUUUCACAAUAUAUUAUUUGUAACUCAAAAAAAAAAAAUAUUUGAGCAUUCCCUAAUCUAACAGCCACAAUGUGCACGCUCGUGAAUUUGAUUCGCUCUAAUACGUUUUAUAAUACUGCACUGCAGCUUUGAGAAGGUCCAUUCACAUUUGUGGAGUACAGUAUAAUCUUUAGCUAUCAUUAAUAAACAUUGAUUUAAAAUUGAAAUGGUCACAUGAAACAUUUCUAUCUUUUGGUUGUAAAUUUAUUUUAUUUGCAUCCUAUUCUGGUAUAUUUUCUAAUUCCUUUUGCGUUCCACUAACCCCCCAAAAACACAGUAAGAGCACUUAUCUGGAAAAUAAUUCAAUUUAAAAAAUAAUAUUGAAUCUACAUACGCUGUUAAAAAAAAAAAGAUAUAAAAAAAUUGGAUGGAUCUGCUUAAACAAAUUUAAGGCAUCAAUUUACACAAUAAAAUUGAGUAGGUGCAAUUGCCUUUUGUUUUUGAAUAAAACACUUCAAUAAGUUAUUCAAAUGUACACAAAGUCCAGGGAAAUAAGAAUAGCUGUAAUAUGAAUGAGAUGUACUUCAUUUCUGAUUAAGACACCGUCACUGAAAGUAACUAAUGUUUAACUUUGUUAAUUUGCCAUUUACCAGCUUUGGCAUGUAUUGUUAAGUGCUCAAUCCACCUGCAGUAAUUGGAGGUAGAACUGCAAGCAUUACAAUGUGCUGGAUUUGCCUCUGUCAUUUAGGGUGCUGAUGGUGGAAAUGUGUUAUCACCAUUAAGUCAAUUUGUCUGACUUUUGAUAUCCCUUCAUCAUGAUCCAUUACACCUCAUGGCACAACAAGCUGCUUAAUCCUAAUAAAUAAAUAUACUUGUCUUUCUUCAAACAUGUACACAACAUUGUGUAAAGAAAAGUCUACAAAUGUUUAAUUACCCACAAUCCUCUAAAAACAGAGCCACUUGGCAAGUUGUUGCAAGAAUUAAAAAUAUUAAAAUUAAGUAAAUUAAAUAAACUCUUUGGUUAUCGUCAAAAUAUACUUAUAUUUCAUGCAACAUUGAGUUGGAUUUAUUCUUAACCUGUUUGGUAAAAUUACUUGCAUUAAUUUUUAUUAAGUAUAUUUUGGUUCAAUUCACCAGUGAUUUAUUUUGUACAGUGUACAGCAGAUGAAUCAAUAACACUUGGCUUGUAAACAAUGUUAACUUGGUAUUGAUACGCAAAUGUUCUUAGCCCUGCAUGAUUCAGUCAAGAGCCCCGUUUAUACCUGGUGCUAACACAUGUCCUCUUUUUUAGACGAUUGAAAUAACUGAUUGUGAUCAGAUUUUCCAGACUGUUUCCCCGAGGUAGUCAGGGGUGAAUUGAUUGGCUGGUUGAAAGCUCGAUGGACAGGUCAAAGGGUGGAGUGUACAGGUGAGAGAAAUAAAGAAUAGCCACCUUUAGGGAGGUUGGGUUGUGACACACAAGGUUGCCAGUUCGAAUGCCAAUGCAGGUUUUGUUUUCCAACCUUACUAAUUACAAUUCUACUUGACUGAACAGCUUUGUAUAGGUAAAAAAUGUGUUGUGCCCUCCCAAUUGCUUGCGCAGUAGACCAGGCACUGGGAUAGGGACCAGAACGUCACAGGUUCUAAACUUGCCAAUGCCCUUUCUCAACAAAGUUAUAUUUAUAGUCCUGGUUACACCUUGCAUUAAUAUGCGGUUUUCGUGAUCAAACACAUGGAUCACACACAAGCGGGUUGACUCAUAAUCUGCUGUUAUAUCUGGGUUUAGGGUCGUGAAAUAGUGUGGAUGAUUGGGGGAGUGGAUUGCAUGCAGUUUGAAUAAAGAAAAAACAGUGCAUACUAAAAAUUCAUACAUUGAUAAUUAUUGUGCAAUUCAUAUCUAUAGGCUACAUUUGCAAUUUUUAAAAACAUUUUUAUUUCAUUAUUUUUUUUAUCUGGCAUUAGUGUGUAGGCGGCAGUGUAGCCUAGUAGUUAGAGCAUUGGACUAGUAACCGAAAGGUUGCAAGUUCAAAUCCCCGAGCUGACAAGGUACAGGCAGUUAACCCACUGUUCCUAGGCCGUCAUUGAAAAUAAGAAUUUGUUCUUAACUGACUUGCCUAGUAAAAUAAAGAUAAAUCGUCGGCCUAACUAAAUUUUUGGGGAAAAGGUUAUCAAUCCACUAAGGCAGAAAGGGAACUGUAAAGCGCAUUCUCUAUAUUUGCGGGUGAGGUUCAGCUCUGGGGAACAGUUUCACUAUCACAUAUAGUCGGGCGGUUGUGGAUGGGUUAUUAGCAAUGCUGAUGAGUCUACACAUUUGCAGCGUCUAAACAUUGUAUUAAAAUGUGUCUCUUAAGCCUUGUUCACAUUGGCAGUUUAAAGCGACUCAAAAGAAAAAAAAAAUUUUUUUAAACUGUUCUUUUUCUUUCAGUCUGAACAGCCCAAAAGCACAUGGAAACUGAUGUUUCAAACCACUUUCGUAAGUGAUUUGAAAUAAGAUACAAAUCUGAUUUAUUUGCUCUCAAGUGGUUUUUGGAUUUAUUUGGCAUAUCGUGUUACUUGCUCACUACAGUGUUGACAGUUUGGCAAGAAUAUGUGGUAGCUAACGAGCUUGUUAAUUGUUUACAAACAAAUUAGUGAAUGUGCUAGAAUGCUAAAUGGCUACCUAGCUAGCUAGCGUCUGUUCUUCCACUAUAAUUUUGAACAUUCAAAGCAACUGGGAAAUGUCCAUGGUAGGCAUUGGUGUCAGUUUAGCUUGCUACAGUACAUAACUGUGAGUGAUAGGAAGCAAGAGCAAGACCACCAAUCAGUCUGCACCACUGCGCACACACUCGUUGUUACUAUGACAACUGGCGUAGGCAUGUUAGCAAAUGACUGCUGUAUGACCACAUUCGAUUUGGUCACUUGUAACUUGCUGUUUGGACAGUCAGUGUUCCAAAAUGUAUUUGAAAAAUAAAACUGAUUUCAGCAUU